AUGUGGCCUUUUACAAACGCAGCGCCGUCGGCACCGCCGGCGGUAACAUCCGACCUUGUCAUCCCGCUUUCUGCAGAGGACGACACCAAAAUCAACCGCGACCUGCUACUCAAUUUGAUGCUCCGGUUCGAUGUGGUUCUCGAUCCCACAAAAUUGACCGAGUCGCUCGACAAGCUGCUCGCGCGACCAGACUGGAGGAAGUUAGGCGCUCGCCUUCGCCAAAAUAGUGAUGUAGAGUUUAGGAAAACUGGAAUAUCAUCUCCUGAUCAUUUCGACGAAGACCGACCUGCAUAUACUUACACACAACUGCGCUUUGAUGUCCGGAUCCAUGAACACCCCGUCGCGUCCCGAAUACCCAGCGGCUUCUCCGGCGAGGUGCCAGCUAAUAUCGCAAAUCCAAACGACUUUAAUGAAUUGAUGCGUGAUCAAAGCACGCCUACGCACAUCAAUGAUUAUCUCACGCAGGAUAGGCCGCAGCUUGGGCUGCAUGUCACCUCCUUCGCCGACGCUACCCUAGUUUGUAUCUCCUGGCCGCACACCUUGUGGGAUGCCAUGGGGCGACGCGAAUUCCUACUCGCAUGGACCAGCUUGUUGGCCGGCCGGGAAGACCAGGUUCUCCCGCUGAAUGGUUUCGACGUAACCCCGCUAUCUGAGUUCUGUAAUGACCCUAAAGAGGAGUACAAGCUUCUUCCAAAGAGGCUUUCUAUAGCUCAACUUAUCAUAUUCGGCCUCCGGCUCUGGUUCGAAUCCUUUUGGUACAAGGAGGAGGAAACACGCGUCGUCUGUCUCCCAGCUUCCUAUAUCCAACGGACGAAGGCGGAAGCCGUCGCGAGUCUAAAACAAGCCGCCUCCGCUGCGGGCGAGCCCACGGACCGAAUCUUCCUUAGUGACGGUGACAUCAUUUCGGCCUGGGGCACCAAACUUCUCGCAGAACAUCUACCGUUUGGCCGAAACCAGACAAUCUGUCUCCUCAACGCGUUUGGUUGGCGCGAGCUCCUCGCCCCGGAUGUUCUUCCCCGAUCCAAAGCCUACAUUGCCAAUGCUUCAUCAGGAAUUUUCACCUACCUCCGAGGUGGCGAAGUCGUCUCCCAACCUCUGGGGCACUCUGCGGGCCGUGUUCGACAGUCUAUCAAGGACCUAGGCACCCGCGCCCAACUGGAGGCAUCCGUUAAGCUUACAAGGGACUCGAUGCGUGCCACUGGCCACCCACCGCUCUACGGCGAUGCGACUAUGCAACUCGUCGUCGUAUCAAACUGGUCCAAGGCUAAGUUCUUUGAAAUGGACUUUUCCCCUGCCAUCGUACCCGGGGCGCCGUUCGCCAAAGGGGUUGAGCCGGUCGGAAAGGCAAGCUAUAUCCAAGUUUGCGGGAUCUCGGGUGGAUAUUCGCUGAGAAAUGCAUUCCAGGUUUCUGGAAAGGACGGGCAAGGGAACUACUGGGUCGCCACAACGUUGCGGAAGCAUGUGUGGGAUAGCAUCAACAAGGCGUGGGACAAGAAGGAGACGCAUCAGAGGGUUAAAAAUUAA